UUGCAAGGCUUUCUUCCAUUUUCAAUGUUCUUAUAAAAAAAGAAUGUCUAUAUGUAAAUAAAAAAUUAAAAUAUCUAUAUAAUAACACGCCAGUUCUGUCUGUCUGUCACUUUUGCAAAGGGGAUAAAAUUUCUUUGAUAAAGUCUAUAAAAUAUGGCCUAAAAAUUAGUUCUGUAAAUUAGCAAACUUUGACGUUAAAGCAGUAUUGACGUCAAAGGAAAGUAUAUUGAGAUUAGUGAAGCCAUUGCAUUGCACUUUAAAAAUUAAGGCUAAAUAACUUGGAAACGGGUGGAAAUAACUGACGUCAUCUCCUGCGUAGGUAAUAGGGACCACCUGGGACCAAUUUGGGUAAGUUUCCCAAACCUGGGUCCCCGAAUCCGUUUCGGAAUGGACGGGUUGAUGACGUCAUCAAAAAACCUUCAAACCCUAAUAUCUCUGCAACCGUUUGUCAAAAAUACACGAUCCUAUACAUUUUCUUGAUCAGCGUUUCAAGAUCUAUACGAUGAAAGCAACAGGCAUACACAUUUCUGAAAAAAAGUUUUGUGUUCUGACAUGUCUCUGCUGACAUCAUCAAAAUUUAAAUGACGGUUAUUUUUCUCUGUUAUCCUGCCUAAGUGGAUUUUUCCACGGGAUUUAUCGACUAGUCUAUAUAAUAAUACGCUAAGUGUGUCUGUCUGUGUGUCUGUGACAGGCAAAGUGGAUGUGUUCAUUUUCCUUUGAUGUUGCCGAAAAAUGCAUGUCUAAUAUGCUAAAUUUUCUGACUUUACGGCGCUACGUCAAUAACACUACUUUAACGUCAAUAUCCUAUAUUAAAUUAAUGAAGCCAUUACAGUGCACCUAAUACUUUAAGGGCAAAUAACUUGGAAACGAGGUGGUGAUGUCAAUGAUUUUUCACUGCGUGGGUAACUGGGGACCACCUAGGGCAAAUUUGGGUUAUCUUCCCAAACCUGAGUCCUCGAAGUCGUUUCGGAAUAGACGGGUUGAUGACGUCAUUAAAAAACCUUUAAACCCUAAUAUCUCUGAAACCGUUUGUCAAAAGUACAUGAUCCUAUACAUUUUCUUGCUCAGCGUUUCAAGAUCUAUACGAUGAAGGCAACAGGCAUACACAUUUCUGAAAAAAAACAUUUUGUGUUCUGACAUGUCUCUGCUGAGGUCAUCAAAAUUUAAAUGACGGUUGUUUUUCUCUGUUAUCCUGCCUAAGUGGAUUUUUCCACGGGCCUUAUCGACUAGUCUAUAUAAUAAUACGCCAGUUCUGUCUGUGACUUUUGCAAAGUGGAUAAAAUUUUUGAUAAAGUCUAUAAAACAUCGCCUAUAAAUUUGUUCUGUAAAUUAGCAAACUUUGACGUUAAAGCAAUAUUGACGUCAAAGGAAAGUAUAUUAAGAUUAGUGAAGCCAUUACAGUGCACAUAAAACUUUGAGGCCAAAUAACUUGGAAAAAAGUGGUGACGUCAAUGAUUUUUCACCGCGUGGGUAACUACAGACCACCUAGGAUUAAUUUGGGUAAGUUUCCCAAACCUUGGUCCCUAAAUCCGUCUCGGAAUGGACGGGUUGAUGACGUCAUCCAAAAAACCUUUAAACCCUAAUAUCUCUGCAACUGUUUGUCAAAAGUACAUGAUUCUAUACACUUUCUUGAUCAGCGCUUUAGGAUCUAUGCGAUGAAGGCAACAGGUAUAUAAAUUUCUAGUUUUUAAGGUUUUUCUAAAAAAAAAAUUUUAGGUUUUGACGGGCCAUUGCCGACGUCAGCAAAAUUUUUUUAAACCCUUAUAUCUCAUUAACCGCUCAUCAAAAGCACAUGAUCAUAUACAUUUUCUUGAUCAGCGCUUUAAGUUCUACACAAUAGAGGCAACGUGAAAACAUGUUUCUGAAUUAUUUUUUUUGUGGAUGAGUUGCUGACGUCAUCAAAAUUCAAAUAACGCUUCUUUUUCAUUUUUAUUUCAGUGGAUUUUUCCAUGGGCUUUAUCGACUAGUCUAUAUUAUAAUACCCGUGUAUGUCUGUCCGUCUGUCACGCAUAAUUGUACCGAAAGUAGCGAGACGCACGCACUAUGCUGUUUAAAAAGAACGGGCAAACCCGUGGAAUUUCCAUGGGCCACUGACUAGUUUUACAUAUAGUAUUCUCAAAAAAAGCUUUAACUCGAUGUAUUCGAAAUUGAUCUAGAAAAUUUUGGAAAUUCCAUGGUACAAAUCCUUUUAUGUAAAACUAGUCGAUAAAGUUCCGUGGAAAAAUCCACUUAGGCAAUAGGACAUUGAAAAAGUUGGUUGUUUAAGACGUUUUGCUGACGUCAGCAUUGCAAAUCCAAAAAAAAUUACGAAAUUUAGUGUAUUCGUUGCCUGUAACGUUUAGAAGUUGAAACGCUGAUCAAAAUAAUGCAUAGGAUCAUAUCUUUUCUACGAACGACUAAGGACAUCUAAGGGUUUAAAAAUUUUGCUGACGUCAGCAAUGGCCCGUUAAAACGCGAAAUAUUUUUUUAAGAAAUUUAUAUCCCUGUUACCUUCAUCGUAUAGAUCUUGAAACGAUGAUCAAGAAAAUGUAUAGGAUCAUGUACUUUUGACAAGCGGUUGCAGAGAUAUUGGGGUUUAGAGGGUUUUUGAUGACGUCAUCAACCCGUCCAUUCCGAAACGGAUUAGGGAACCAGGUUUUGAAAAAUUACCCAAAUUGGUCCUAAGUGCUCCCUAGUUACCUAUGCGAUGAAAAAUCAUUGACGUCACCACCUCGUUUCCAAGUUGUUUGGCCUCAAAAGUGUAGGUGCACUGCAAUAGCAUCAUUAAUUUAAUAUAGGAUAUUGACAUUAAAGUAGUUUUAUUGACGUAGCACCGUAACGUCAGAAAACUUAAGAUAUUAGACAUGUAUUUUUCGGCAACAUCAAAGGAAAAUGAACACAUCCACUUUGCCUCUUACGGACAGACACAGUCUCCGUAUUAUUAUAAGAGACUAGUCGAUAAAGCCCGUGGAAAGAUCCACUUAGGCAGGAUAACACAGAAAAACAACCGUCAUUAAAAUUUUGAUGACGUCAGCAAAGACAUGUCAGAACACAAAUUUUUUUUUCAGAAAUGUGUAUACCUGUUGCCUUCAUCGUAUAGAUCUUGAAACGCUGAUGAAAAAAAUGUAUAGGAUUAUGUACUUUUGACAAACGGUUGCAGAGAUAUCAAGGUUUAAAGGUUUUUUGAUGACGUCUUUAACCCGUUCAUUCGGAAACGGAUUCGGUGACCCACGUUUGAAAAAGUUACCCAAAUUGGUCCCAGGUAGUCCCUAGUUACCCACACAGGAGAUGACGUCAGUUAUUUCCACCUGUUUCCAAGUUAUUUAGCCUUAAAUUUAUAAGUGCAAUGCAAUGGCUUCACUAAUCUCAAUAUACUUUCCUUUGACGUCAAUAUUGCUCUAACAUCAAAGUUUGCUAAUUUACAGAACAAAUUUAUAGGCGAUGUUUUAUAGACUUUUUCAAAGAAAUUUUAUCCACUUUGCAAAAGUCACAGACAGAACUGGCGUUUUAUUAUAUAGACUAGUAGAUUAGGCCCGUGGAAAAAUCCACUUAGGCAGAAAAACAAUUGAAAAGUUCUGUCAUUUGAAUUUUGAUGACAUCAGCAAAUAUUUAAGUAUAUUGAAUAUACGUUUUACUAAAAAAAAUAAUCUGAAAAUGCAUAAAAAGAAAGUAUAUAAGUCAUAAUUUAACAAAAAAGUUCCUAAAAUCUAACACAAAAUAUCAAAUGUCAAAUCGCAUGAAAUCCUACCAACUAAACUUCAGACAAAAUAUGAAAAACAACGGCGUGCAAGGUGUAAAAUCUAGUUAGUAGAAAGUUACAACAUUGACAGUCCCAUCCAGACAGUUACGACAACAAUAAUAAUAAUGUCAGAAAUAACACAUCUAAAAUAUGUAUACAUCUUAUUAUGUGAUUAUGUGGAAAACCUUCAAUAUUUUAAUCUGAAAUGUCGAAAAGAAGGGCUUAUAACAGUAAGCACAGAUCUAUGAAAUAAGUUCUUUAUGCAUUUUAAACAUUGUCUUUUCCCUAAAUGCUUAUACAACAAUACAACCUGAACAAUAUCAAAAAGCCAAACUUAAACAAACAUAAAACACCAAAAAACAAAAAGUUAAACUAUAAAAAAUCAUUUAUUCGGUUGCAUACCAUCCUCUCCCGCAAAGAUAUGCACAAAAUGUAAAAAUUGACCGGUUAACAAAACUGUACUGACUUUACCAAACAUUUUAAACUGAAAUGUCGAAAAAGCAAUGAGCAAGGAGUAAAUUUCAAAUCAACAAAAAUCAUUAUUUUGAAAACAUUGUAUAUAUAUAUAUGGUCCUUCCUCACAAAAGUUUACAAUAAAUGUAGAACAAAAGGUUUAUGAGGAGUAAAUCAAAAUAUGAACAAAAAUCAGUUCAAUUGGCAUGUUUUAUAUUGUUUUCACCCAUAAAAUCUUCCACAAAAUUGAUAUGAAACCCAUCAAAUUCAACUCAGAAAAAGCUGUCAUUUAAGUGCAUACAAAACACAACUUGGAAAGUGUAAAAUAUCAAAUUACUAUUUUUAGUAUAUAUACUUGCAUAUAACAGUUUCAGUCUGAACAUUCAGUAAUUUUUUAUCAUCACCAAAUAUUUAUUCCCGUAAUUACAUUACUUACAGUUAGUUUAAAGUUUAAAUAGUUUAUAAAACAAAAUAUAAAAUAUAAAAAAUCCAACUUACACAACAGCUCGCAGUCUAAUUGUACAAAAAUUUGUUCUUUCAGUAUUUUGCAUGUAGUCUUUUUCCACAAAAGUUUACACAGCAUUUAAAAAACAGCAGUUUGCAACACAAACAAUAUAAUCGGCAACCAUACUAUUCUCUGCUGAGAAAUUUUAAUCACAAAUGUAAAAAGCACAGGUAAAUUUCCCAAAAAAUGUCAACAACCUUUGUAAAAAUAUCAACCACUACCCUUGUAAAAAUAUAUAACCUUGUAAUUUGCAUGCCAGCUCACAGAAGUUUAACAGGAUGUCAACAACAAAACAAUAAAACUUACUCCAAUAAACGCACACACUUUAGUUUUACAAAAUCAUUCCUCUUAAAGUAACAUUUUUCCUCACACUACCCUAAAAGUUCAAUAAGUCUUUGAAAGAUUUUGUGCCUUGUUACAUCAUAAUUCGUGCUCAAAUAAGAUCCCUAAGUUUGACUACUAAGGUGGAUAUAAAUAGCUAAAGGCUGAAAUACACUAUCAUUUUUCAAUGAUCAUUUUCCAAUUAUCAUUGAAAAAUGACAGUGUAUACAGAAGAAAAUGUCAUUUUUUACACUCUCAUUUCCAAUGAUCCUUAAAAAUGAAAAGUUGAACAUGUUCAACUUUUAAUUUUUCAAUGACAUUUUUUUUCUAUUGUUUUAAAUCGAAUCCAUUGUUUUCGCACACGUGUUUGUUGCACGCGAUGUAGUUUAGGCGUAAAUAUAGAUAAAAACAAAGAUUUGAACAAGUAAUUCACCCGAGAAUGAAGACGCAAGAAGCGACCGAAAAUUUUUUUGAGAUUUGGAGAAGCCAGCCCAGUUUGUGGGAUGUUAAAUCCCCGUUUUAUAAGGACAGAAACGAGAAGGCAAAAAGAUAUGAGAUAUUCAAAGGCAGACUAGGAAUGGAAGAGAAAUUAGUGAGGAGUAAAAUAAAUACACUACGAAGUUAUUUCAGCGCAGAAUUGAAGAAAGUAAACAACAGCAACAAAUGUGGAGCAGGACGAGAUGAUGUUUACGAAAGUAAAUGGCCAUACUUUCAGUCCUUGCUAUUCCUACGUGACUCCAUCGUCCCAAGAAAAACAACUUCUUCUAUGGAAUUUGACUACAAUGAAAAUACAGCUGACAAGGAGAGUGAGUCACUUCAAAAUUCACCAAUAACCCUCCAAGAAUGGGACAUGGAGGAUAAAAUUGACGUGUGUACAACCGAUGUGACAUCAAAGAAGAAGCCUCUCCCCAAAAAACGAAAAGUUUCCCCGAAAUCUUCAGAAGAUCACAUGUUGAAGCACGCGAUAUCAGUUCUGGAAGAAAAACGCGGGAAAACACUGGGUGCAGAUAAACUCUACGGUCGCACUCUUGGAGAGAGUCUAAAAGCCAUUCCAGACAGAAUGCAAAAAAAAUACCUUAAAGUGAAAAUACAGGAGCUCCUUUUUCAAGCUCAGAUGGGAUUACUCGCCGUACCCUCUUUCAGAACACCGCCCGUUCAAUCUCCGAUCCCAAGGAACUCUUCAACACAUGCCACACAAAGUUAGCCACCCUUUGUGUCUCCGCCGUUAUCGCCUGUUUUACAGAAUAUGUACCGACACCCAGUGAAAAUAUAUCAAAACACUUUUCAGAGUCGAGAAAGUUUGUCAGAUCUUAAUCCAGAAAGUGAGGGCUCACAAAGUGCAGGGUAUUAAUGUGUGAUUGCUAGUUUAGUACGUUUGAUAAAUUACUGAACGAAAUAUAUAUUUACAUUGAGGUAUUUUUCUUUUAAUCGCAUGUAAAUAGCUUCGCAAACUUCAGGGAUGAACUGUGACAAUGUACUUUUGUGAACGCGAAAUAAAUACUGUAAUUCGGCGUAA